UUUCACUUCCCUCGCAGUCAUUCCUCUCAUUCAUUCUCUCUUCUUUAGUGUUGCGUUUAGCGUCAAGCUUAAGCGAAAAACGAAACGCCUUGGGCGGUGGGAGAGGCGGUGAUCAGGGGCGGCGGAGUAGAACUUGGAGUCGGAGAUGGAUCCAGACGCAGUUUCAAAGGCAUUCGUGGAGCACUACUACUCUACCUUCGAUACCAACCGUGCGAAUCUGGGCACUUUAUACCAGGAUGCUUCCAUGUUGACCUUCGAAGGUCAGAAGUUCCAAGGGGCCCAGAACAUCGUCGCUAAGCUCGCUAGUCUUCCUUUUGAGCAGUGCAAGCACAACAUCAGCACCGUCGAUUGCCAGCCAUCUGGCCCAGCCGGUGGCAUGCUCGUCUUCGUCAGCGGCAAUCUCCAGCUCGCCGGAGAACAGCACGCUCUCAAGUUCAGCCAGAUGUUCCAUUUGAUGCCAACACCACAGGGAAGCUUCUACGUGUUUAAUGACAUUUUCCGGUUGAAUUAUGCAUGAAAACAUCCUCUACAAUUUGAAGAAAAGAUGGAAAAUUAUGUCUGCAUUGUUUGGGAAAGAAAUCAGUUUGCUAUUAUCACUCUUUACUUUUAGACUUCUCAAAUGAAAAGUUGGAUUUUUUAAAAUUCUAAAAAAAAUGCUGUUUAUGUUCUAGUUUUCCAAUGUGCCUGUGGUUCUGAGUUUUUCUGGGUUGUGAUUGGUUAAAUGGAUUCAAGUUACUUUCCUGAUAACUAUUGAAUUGAAUUCAGUAUUGAAGGCUUGAAUUGAA